AUGAUUGCUCCAUUGCCCCAGUCGGACGAACGGCAGCCUCUUCUGUCGUCAACUACAGCAGCAGCAACAACAACAGAAGAAGGCCUCGAGCGGUCUGCAUGGUACAGAGCCCGCAGAUCCCCCUUUGCCGUGGCCUGUGUUGUCGCCAUGGCUCUCUUCACCGACAUGGUUGUGUACGGAGUUGUCGUCCCCAUCUUGCCCGACAUUGUCAAGAACCGUCUCGGAGGCACCCCCAGAGAGGUAGGACUCCUCUUUGCCUGCUACGCGAUCGGAUUGUUGGCGUCCACCCCUGUCUUUGCCAUCCUGAGCGACAAGUAUCAGAACCGCAGGAUACCCAUGAUGGUCGGAAUGCUCGGACUUGCUGUCGCCACAGUCGGAUUCUCGCUCGCAAGCAACUAUUGGGUUCUCAUCCUAGCCAGAAUCGGUCAGGGAUCUGCCGGUGGUGCCUCCUGGACGAUUGGAUUGGGGUUGCUGGCGGAUGUGUACCCUCCAGACAACUUGGGCGUGGUAAUGGGCGCAACAAUGACGGCAAACGCAGUCGGAUUCAUGGUGGGACCCAUGGUGGGAGGAUACCUGUACGAGUACCACGGAUAUAGCGCCCCUUUCAUCUUUUGCGCAGGAUUGGCCAUCCUGGACUUUUUGUGCAUCGUCUUCAUUGCCGAACCUGAGAAGAAGAAGGUCGCCACUGUCAAGGUCGAUCAGGACGAGGGGACCGCUUCAGGUGCAAUUGAGCAGGAAGUGGACGGUUUAACUGUCCAUGAGCCUUCGACAACAACUGUUGUUGCGGUUGAGAGGACUGCCGCGGCCAUCACGGACCCUCAGCACGCUCAGGAGAUUUUGGACGAUGGCUUGCACCAUCAGGUUCACGUUGAGAAGAAGAAUGGUACUCAGCAUCAGGCAGAUGGAUUUUCGAGUUAUGGAGCGAUGUCUAGCUCUACGUCUUCUUCACACUCGCCAGCGAAUGAUGGAUCUUCGAGCGAGAUUGCAGGAAAUGACGUGUCAAUGUUUGAGAUUGCCAGCAACUGGACCAUUACCUGCUGUCUUCUCGCCACUUUUGUCGCUGCCAGCGUCUUCUCCGGACUGGAGCCGGUUCUGCCGUUGUAUUUGGAAGAGCUGUUGGGUGCAGGCCCUACACAGACAGGUCUCAUUUUCCUGGCCGCCAUCUUUCCAACGCUCUUCUCUUCCGCCAUCGGAUACUACGCCGACAAGGUCGGCCACUUCUACGUCUCUCUCCUGGGAAUGGCCAUCUUUGCAGUCGCAACAUUCUCGCUCUCCAUGCCCAAGACCUUCCUCACCUUCAUCCUGCCCCUGGCCCUCUUCGGUCUCGGCUCUUCGACCAUCUUGACGCCGCUCCUUCCAGCCAUGGCAGAUGUGGUCAACAAGAAGGGCUGGAACGGGUAUGCAAAGACCUAUGCGUUGUACAACAUGACCUAUUCUCUGUCGAUGGCUGUAGGCCCUAUCUUGGCCGGUUUUAUCUUUGAAGACUUUGGAUUUUGGUGGACCAUGGUUGUGUUUGGAAUCAUGAUUGUUGUGGCUACACCUAUUAUCUUCAUGGCACAGAUUGCCCAUGUUUUUGCAAAGUGGAGAGGUGUUUCUCGUACCAACGAUGUCACCAACGCGUAA